GUAGGGUGACUGAAUUAAUGUGAUGGGUUUUUUUUCUAAAUAAACUUAACUUUUUUUUUUAAGGUAAAUAGAUAACUUGAACUUAGCUGUUCUGGCUCCUGAAGUUGUCCAGCAGUUGUUCGGCGGAUUUGGCGGUGGUAGCCCAGUGGCUAAGUACGGGGGAGAUUAAGGAUAGGGAUGCGGGUAGAAAGGAACGAGGAAAAGAAAUUUGAGGGUAUCGAAAGAAGAUUGAAGACUGAAGACGACGACUGUAGAUUGAAGACGGACGACUGAAGACUGGAGAUGGACGAAGACGAAGAUUUUUUAGUAGUAGAUAGGUACGUAUAACAAGUAUAGACAAAAAUAACUAAAACUACAAGGCCGAGAUGGUGUGGGCCUUAACGUAGAGACAAUAGCUUUAUUCGUUUUAAAAAGUGUGCGUUGGCACGGUGCGUAGCCGCGUCACUAUGCAUACAUAACCUAGAAGUCAACUUAUAUGUCAAGUCAAAAGUUGUAGGUCAACAAAAACGAAUACGAUUUAAGUGCCACAAUCAGCUGACUACAAUUUACAAAUCCAGAUGAAAUAUCAGUUUCAUCUUCAGAUGAUGAUGACAUAAUUUCAUCGAUUAUACUUGCAGUAUCAAAAACUCCCCGUAACAGUGUACGAAACUUCAGCGAAGUUACAGUUAUUAAUUACAAUGAGAUUGAAUUUAAACGUCAUUUUCGUGUAUCAAAGCAAUUGAUGCAUAACUUGGCAGAUCGUUUUGCAAAUAGCAAUAUCUUUUUAGAGCAUGUUCAUGAGAAGGGGAAAACUAUAGUGGAACCGAUAAAGCAUAUGCAAAUAUUCUUGUGGUAUGCAGGACAUACGAGUUCAUAUGCAGAUGUUGCGGAUCGAUUUAACGUAACCGUAUCUACUUUAUUUGCAAUAAUAGGAAGAAUGAAUCAAUUUUUUGACUCGAUUGCAGCUAAUGUAAUAAAAUGGCCAUCUCCUCAGCAAAGAGCAACGACAAAAGAAAAGAUUUUUAAACAAUCCGGUUUCCCAGGUGUUAUAGGUUUUAUCGACGGUACUCACAUUCGUAUAGAUAGACCAACAGAAAACCAAGAAUCCUACUGCAACAGAAAACAUUAUCAUUCGGUGCAAGCACAAAUUAUUUGUGACGACUAUUGCAAAAUUAUUGAUUGCUUCAUCGGAUAUCCUGGCUCAGUACACGAUGCACGUGUGUUCCAAUCUAGUUUUAUAUUCCCACAACUGCAAGAAUUAUGUCAAGACGGUCAUUUAUUGGGAGAUUCGGCAUAUCCGUGCCUGUACACAUGUCUCACUCCUUUCAAGGAUAAUGGGCACUUAACACCUAUGCAACUAAAAUACAAUAAAAUCCACAAUUCCCUACGUAUAAAAGUGGAACACACCAAUGGGCUGUUGAAACAAAGAUUUCGGCAGUUAUACCACAUUAAGUUACGUAAAAUUGAUAGGAUUGUUGGUUUGAUUAAAUCUUGUUGUGUGUUACAUAAUUUAUGCCACAUCACUGAUAAGCAGAUAUUUGACAGUGAGCACAACUCAUUGGAUUCAUCCACGACGGAUGAGAAUUUAGAUCAUGAUGAAGGAGCUAGUGGGGGUACACAUCAAUAUGGAAAUACAGGAACAUCAAAAAGAAACUCAAUUGCUCAUUCACUUUCGCAAAAACAUUAG